GCCUGCCAUCUACCGUGCGGGCGUCAGGGGGAAGAAGGAAGGAGAUGGCCGAUUAGAAGACAACGUUACCUUUGCUACUUCGUUGGCGAGAUUCCUUUAACACAUCUUUCAACGCAUCUUAACCGCUGAAGUAGGAAGAGGACGUUUUAAGUAUUCGCUCCUCUUCCACAAUGGCAGAACAAAACAGCAACGUCAGAUAUCAAGAGCUGGUGAAUGAGGAGGAACCGGCCCAGCCAGCCCAGGAGGGUCCUGCUCAGGACGCACCACCACCCUACAGCAGCAUCGCUGCAGCAAAUGCAGCUUUCUUUGAAUACAAGGAAGAUGGAGGAAGAUUUCCCAACCCUCCAUCCUACAGCGUUGCCACCACUUUGCCCUCCUAUGACGAGGCUGAGCGAAGCAAAGAAGAGGCAGCCAUCCCCCUGGUCACUGGAAGAGUCACGGAGGACGACUUUGUGGCCAGGGAUGACUUUGAAGACGCUGACCAGCUGCGAAUAGGAAAUGACGGCAUCUUCAUGCUCACUUUCUUCAUGGCAUUCCUCUUCAAUUGGAUCGGCUUCUUCUUGUCGUUCUGUUUGACCACAUCAGCCGCCGGCCGAUAUGGAGCCAUCUCUGGCUUCGGCCUGUCCCUCAUAAAAUGGGUUCUUAUUGUCAGGUUUUCUACCUACUUCCCUGGUUACUUUGAUGGACAGUACUGGAUGUGGUGGGUGUUCCUGGCCGUGGGCUUCAUGCUGUUCGUCAGAGGCUUUGUUAACUACUCAAGAGUGCGUAAACUGGCUGAUCCCACCUAUGCUACUCUUCCCCGGACAAGGGUUCUCUUCAUCUAUUAGAGGGUGUUGGAUGUGGGACAACUGGACGUGACCAACACAAGCAGCAACUCUGUGAAGAGUUUACAAAUUUUAAGUGGAGACACUUCACCAGAAAUCGGCCAGACGAGUUAUAGAUGAAGACAACUCUCAAUAAAAUAUUCAGGAAUUAUAUCACUUGUUUUGAAACUUUAUUAAUGGAAAAUGGUUAAUUAUAUUCCCUCGAUGUACUCAUUAGUGGCCAAUGUUAAGUGCUAUUUAAAUCUGUCUGUAAUGUAUGAGUAAUGCCUUAUAUCAUUUUGAUGGUAGCGUACGAGCAUGCAUCUGCCCUUAAGGUAAAAAAAAAAAAGGAGGCGUCUCGUGUUGGUGACACUUGAAGCCAACAGAUAUUAAUUAAUACAGCACUCUGUAGACCUGCCUCAGCAUGCAACACAUUUUGUAAUCUGCAGUUAUGGUUUUAUUGUGACUAUUAUAGGCUUUUUUUAGACACCACCUACACUUAUUAAAAAGAAGCUUUCAUUAGGCUGUAAAUGCUGAUAUACCAUACUUUAGACUCACCUGUUGGUUUUAGCUAGUGUUGCCCUUUUUUGUGUAGCCAGGAGGGGGCAGUGUUGUCUGCUGCUUCUAAUUCAUUAAGGGCAUUGUCAUCAUAAAACAUACAGGCUUGUGAUUCAAAUGCAGUGCGAGUAGAGCACAUUAAAAUGACGUCUAUGUAUCUACCGUAUGUUAGAUUUGUUGUUGUACAUUGAAUCAGGUAAGACGAUCCGCCUCGGAAAUAGAAUUUAAGUUACAAUUAUGAUUUUAGAUGAUCCAAUUUUUAAACGUGGACAAGCCAGAAACCAGAUGGCCACAAAACCGGGAUGCAGAGUUGUGACAGCGACCAGGAUGAUUGGUAUGGCUGUUUUUGAGCACAUUUACUGGUUCAUGUCCUCAAAAAGCUCAAGUAGAUGUAAUCGCCCGACCAUACCAUGACUCUUCAGUGAGUCAGCGGAGUCGGCAUCUCCUUCAUUGUCAGUGGAAAAGCUCUGUGAUGAUAGAAGAGAGUCCUGGCUGUCUGGAUUUCAGCUGUUUAUGAUCCCACUCAGACGUUUGGAUCAAAUUAUCUAAGAGCAAAAAAAAAAAAAUAACUCCAAUUCCAUUUUCAGGUGGGUUUUUGCCUUAAGAUUUAAUUGACAGACAGGGAAGGGAAAAAUGUUCUGUUAUUUUUUUUAUUUUUUUGUGUGUAAAUGAUUAAUAAGGUGUAAGCUAUCUUGUGGCUAUCAAAACUAUAUCAAAGAAUGUUGUAUGCAGGUGCACUUUUAGAAACAUAACCAAUAAAACCCAGAGGAUGUUCCUAUCAUUAUUUUAAGUCCCAGACAUAUAAAACAAGGAAUGACUGACACAGUGGUUUUUGUUUUUAUAUUCUAAGGGAAAUGACAUGUCAGGAUAAUAGCUUUUCAUCAUCUAAGUGCUGUUUUCAAUGCGAGGAGUUAAUCUGGAUUUAGUCUGGUCCAAAAAACUGAACUGUUAGCUUAAUCGGUUAACUUCAUACUUCUGCCAUGGCUUUGAUACGGACUCAUUAUGCUUACUUCUAUGUGAUGUAAAGCUGCAACCUUGGGGUUUUGUUGUUAUGAAACUGUACAGAAAAUGUUUAGUGUUAAAUAAAUGUCACUUUUAAUGCAUCA